AUGUUUGGGGAAUCUGUGGAAAAUAUGGAAUCUCACCUCGAAAAACUUAAAAAACAGGGUAAUCCUAUUCAACCGUUUAUUCUUGUUAUUGGAACCGUUUUUAAUAUUAAAGAAAUAUUAGUUUAUUUUGAUUGUGUAAAGUAUAAGGUACAUUCAAUUUUAAGAGCAAUUGAAGUUUGUUACAAAAUAUUUCAAUUAUUCAAUCUACAAUAUCCUUCAGCAUCAUUAGUUGUAUGGUUGUUUAUUCAGAAAUAUUUUUUUAAUUACUCUUCAAUUUAUGAUAUACCUGACCCUAAACUAACACAAAUAUUAUCUGAAUUAAAUUAA